UCAGAUAUUACCUUCAAUUUUCGGAAGUAUCAUUCAUUUUGAGUAUGACGAUGAAGCGGUGGGUUCUGCUGUGGUGUCUCCUCUGUGUCACUCACUUGGCCAACGCUGCUAUAAGUGAAAAGCAGAUGAAAGCCACCAUGAAGCUGCUUAGAAACACCUGUAUAAACAAAUUUAAAAUACCUAUAGAGGAUGUCGAUGCAAUGCAUACAGGAGAUUUUAGUAAAGGAGGCUGUUAUGUCAUGUGUAUUUUGGAGACGUACAAGUUGUUAAAAGGAAACGUAUAUGAUUGGGAAAAUGCAGUGACGACCAUCAGAGCAAAUGCUCCACCAUCAGUCGCAGAAGACGCAGUUGCAGCUGUGGUAGCUUGCAAGGACGCAAUGAAGACCAAGGACGAUAAAUGUAUAGGUUCUGCGGAGAUUGGGAAAUGCAUAUACGAUUUUGCUCCUGAGAAAUACUUUCUCCCAUAAGACCAAGUUGGGAGACCCUCAAUACUAUAUGGUAUGAUACUCUUCAUGAUACAGGAACGACUCAUUCAUUAUAAGUACAAUUUUUAUAUUACAAUGAUGUUUUGUAACAUAUUCAACAGUAUCAUGUAUUAGAAAAUAGUGUUUGUAUAAAUAUAAAGCAACAGACAUAAAGUGUCG